CGUGAGUAAUUUCUGUGAGUAAGAGUGCAAAAGGUGCGUGUAGGAUUUGGUAGUCGCGUUUUUUCCUAGUGCGAAAUUUCGCAAUUUGUCGCCAAAAAGUUCAACGUUCCGCGAUAAAUCUGUUGGAAAACGCGAGUACUAGGAACGCGAAAGUGAUAUGAGUACAGUUAAAACGGUUACCACGGCCGGAAUCAUCAGCAACCUCGUGGAAAUGUCCGCCACAAAGCAGACGACGUCCAGUGCCAGUACGCAGCAACGUUCGUACGGAAAAAUUGUCCUAACAUUGGAAAAUUGCCUGCUGCCCGAAACUAAAUUCGAUCUAACGCCUUCCCAAGCGGAUGGACUAGAACGGGACACGGAAGUCGACCUGCGGAUACUGGGUUGCGAGUUGAUUCAGACGGCUGGAAUACUGUUGAAAUUACCCCAGGUGGCAAUGGCAACCGGUCAGGUACUGUUCCAACGAUUCUUCUAUUCGAAAUCAUUCGUACGGCAUAGUAUGGAAGCGACCGCAAUGAGCUGUGUUUGUUUGGCGUCAAAAAUCGAGGAGGCUCCCCGUCGCAUCCGAGACGUGAUUAAUGUGUUUCACCACAUCAAACAAGUCCGUGGACAGAAACAACUGGUGCCGAUGAUUCUGGAUCAGCAUUACAUCAAUCUGAAAUCGCAAGUAAUUAAAGCCGAACGACGGGUGCUGAAGGAGUUGGGCUUCUGCGUUCACGUAAAACAUCCCCACAAGCUGAUAGUGAUGUAUCUGAAGUACUUGGAGCUGGAAAAGCACCAGAACAUGAUGCAGAUGGCGUGGAAUUUCAUGAACGAUUCAUUUCGGACGGAUGUGUUUGUGCGCUACCAACCGGAAACAAUCGCGUGUGCGUGCAUCUAUCUAACAGCUCGCAAACAAAACAUUCCACUACCCAGCAAUCCGGCCUGGUUUCUGAUAUUCCGUGUCAGCGAAGAGGACAUGCUUGACGUCUGCUACCGGAUAAUGGCAUUAUACAAACGCCCCAAACCAAAUGCUGAAUUGUUGGAGGAGGCAGUUGAUAGCUUAAAGAAAAAAUACCAAGAGCAAAAGAAGAAAGACCGAUCCGAUACGAAUACCCCACCAGCGGUGGUUACUGUGGAUCGUAACAACGGAUCGCACAACGCAUGGGGUGGUUUCAUCUCACGAGCGCUUCCGGUGACAACCGGCACAGAGAACAACGGAAACAACAACAACGAGAAAGAUAACAAAAAAUCUCACUCCAAAUCUGGUUCCCGUACGCCGCGGUCCCGUUCUAGAUCGCGAUCGCGAUCACAGUCCCGGUCCAGAUCCCACUCACCUUCAAGAUCUUCGCACUCCAAAUCACGGUCACGUUCCCGAACGCCCGGUUCCCGCUCACGGUCACGCUCGCGAUCCUCCGUAACAGCACAUUCACCGACGCAUUACACCGACAAAAGUGGAGCACGUAAGCUGAAAAAGACGCAAAACCGUUCGCGAACACCAACUAAGGCCGGCGGUAAGCGGAAGAUUAAACGCUACAGUUCUCGCUCGGCCACACCCGAGUCACCACUAAAGUACAAGAAGAGCGAGAAAAAGUACGAUCGACGACGGAAUGAUCGCGAUAGUCGUUACAUGAACGGCGGCGAUCGGGACCGUUCAUCCAAGGGGGACCGGGAUCGUGAGCGGGAUCGAGAUCGCAUCCGAGAUCAUAACCGGGAUCGUCAUCGGGACAAGAGCGGCUACGAUCGGGAUGAUUACCGAAAGGACCACAGGAGCAGUCACGGGAAUGGCGAUAAACGAGACAAGUACAGCAGCAGCCAUCGUCACGGUACCAGCGAUCGGCAUCGAUCGUCUAAGCACGGAGACAGAGAGCGGGAUCGACGGCGGUAAGGGUGACUUUAUUUUAAGUCUAUCGACACUUGUAGAAAAAUGCCAUUUUAGAAGUUUUGCAACCAUUUUUUUUACGUAAGUGUACCUUCGCAGUACACGCAGUUAGCUCUUGUAAAUAGAUGCUGUCUUUGGAAAAAAAAAACUAUUCUUGAUACAAUGAACCUUGAUUGCUAAAUAUGCAAGUAAAUCCACCUGGUAAGCCCGAUAUUCUCUCGACUGAUUAGCUGCGUGAGGCUGUUGCCAGAAAUUGCAAUAGUUUGAAAAGUGAUAGUGAACGCAACAAACCAAGCCACUGCUGCAGCAUCGUAGCAGCUAGGGUGUGCGUGUUCCGAACGGGAAAAAGUUCGCCUGUGCAGGCUUGUAAAAAAUAUCUCAAUUUACACUCAAAGUAGUACAAGAGGCAAAUAAAACUGUCAAAAAUAAA